AUGCACAGAAGGGCCGCUGCUCUUCAUCACCUGGCAACAUUUGAGCUCUCAAUCGACUCGCCCAUUCACAUUCACAGUGUUUUCCACCGCAAAGGCGAGUCUGCAACCCAUUGUUUCGAUUAGAACAAACCUCAAUUCUUACAGAUCCAUGCGCGCUUCUAAGCAUUCUUCUCUCCGAAGAUUUCGUAUUGAUUUCUUUUGAGAUUCUUUGACCCCUCGAGUUUUCAUUGGAGAUCAAACUGUCUUGUUCGUGAUUUUAAAACCUAGAUCCGAGCAUGAAUUAGUUUAUAGAGGCCAUUGAGCGAGAGAAUGCAGAGUGCCUCCUUUUUAGUUUUGCGCACGCGUCUGAACUUCAGCUUAAUGGCGUCUCAAGGCUGUGUGACUCAAUUCUCUUUUCAUCCUCCACAGUUGUUGAGAUCACUCCCAGGGCAGAGGCAAUGCCCGAAGCUUAGACGAGCUCGACAGUACGCGUAUUCAACUGAUUCAUCAUCAACCUCAUCGUCAUCUCCUUACUCGUCGGGUAGUUCCACGCGUAGCAGCCAUACUCCACGGACGAGGGAUCCGGAGCCUAGAAGGAGUCUGCAGGUGGGCGCAGCGAUGGGCGGCAAUUCCACUGAGCUUCAGAAGAUAUUACCAGCUUUGGAGAAAGUUGUUCCUGUUCUAGCCCCUGGUCGCCACAAAGGACAAGCUGGAAAAAUUGCUGUUAUUGGAGGCUGCAGGGAGUACACAGGGGCACCAUAUUUUGCUGCUAUAUCAGCUUUGAAAAUGGGGGCAGAUCUAGCACAUGUAUUCUGCACAUCUGGGGCUGCGACUGUUAUUAAGAGUUAUAGUCCUGAAUUGAUUGUGCAUCCCGUUCUUCAUGAAUCGUAUGAUGUAGGAGAAAUUGGAGAGGAGGAGAUUAGUGGUUUGAAAGAUAAAGUACUUGCAGAAGUUGGAAAGUGGCUACAACGGUUUGAUUGUAUUGUAAUUGGUCCUGGCCUUGGUCGUGACCCCAUACUUCUGGACUGUGUCGCUGCUAUUAUUGAGGAAGCGAAAUUCAAGAACAUUCCUCUUGUGCUGGAUGGGGACGGAUUGUUCUUGGUGACAAACCAGCCUGAAUUAAUUAUUGGGUAUCCUCUUGCAAUUCUGACUCCAAAUGUUAUGGAGCACAAGCGGCUCGUCGCAAAGAUUGUUGGAGAAAGAGAUCAGAAUGUUCCACAAAAUCCGGAGGUAUCCAAUGAAGAUCUUCCCGGCCAGCUGCAAGACCUUGCGAAAAGGAUGGAGGGUGUUACUAUUCUACAGAAAGGCAAAACGGACUACAUUAGUGAUGGUAAAACAGUUUUAAGUUCGGAUUAUUAUGGCUCUCCCCGACGUUGUGGUGGCCAAGGUGAUGUGCUUUCUGGCAGCACUGCCGUUUUUGUGUCCUGGGCCAAAGAAUAUUUUAGCAAUGAGAAUGCUGCUGGCAAGAAGGAAGUCGAAGAAAGGGUCUCUAAUAACCCAACAAUGGUUGGCGCACUGGCGGGAUCUCUACUAUGUCGGAAGUCCGCUGCAAACGCGUUUGCUCAGCACAAACGAGCCACUACUACGACCAACAUCAUUGAGUAUCUUGGUCACAGCAUGGACGAACUUUUUCCUCUUCCUCAAUAACUUCCUUCUUGCGGCUGGAAAUCGAUGCGAAGCUGUCAUUUUUGCCCGCCAACCCCAGUGGCGGCGCUUGUGGCUGAUGUUGAUAAUUCUUGCUCGUUACGAGGAACAAGUAAAGCUUUGGUGAUAUGCAAGAAGAAGGGCACUAAAUCUUUCCAGGUUCAGUCUUGUAGGUUGGCAUGCGUUGUUGCUGGAGAAUGUAAUCUGAAUUAUCAUAGUAAGUAAAGUUCCUCUCAUGAUUGUUCAGAAUAAAGCCAGGUUGUUGCGCUUGCCCUCAAAGCGUAGAAACCAUGUCUCGUUCUCGAUCAACGAGUUGCAAGUCGGGUCCAUUUCGGACGUGUUCACUGCAAACCAUAAUGUUGUGUCAGAACGAGUUUUCAUCCGAA